AUGUCAAGUUCAUUAAACUCACCAAAAUCAACGUCGCCAGUUUCACAAGGAAAUGUGACACCGACAAACGAAAACGAGGGACUAACUGUUGAGUUGAGUUUCCCAGUACUGGACUAUGUCAACGAAAUACGGUUUAAACAUGGAAUAAAACUGGAAGAAUACAAACGGUACCAUAACUUUUGUUCGAGGAAGUUGCAUAAUCUGAGGAAGCAGUUGAAGCCGCUUCCAACUAAAUCGAACAAGUAUGUACACGAGGAAUUUCCAGUUCCAUUGAACGAUAAGAGGUAUGUAAGGGUGUUGUAUAAAGUAAUUUGUAGAUACCUGGAGAUUCUUACAGUAAGGUGUGAAAGGUCGUGGUCGCACGGAAUGGACCUUAAAUCGAAAUGUGAAACAUCAACAAUGAACAAUAGCCGCGGAAGACACUAUUAUAUGCGGAAGUUCGGAAAAGCGUACCGACUGUCAGUGCUGUUGCUGGAAUACUCACAAAAGUACGGGAACAAUAGAACAGUAAACAACGCUAAGGUGUAUAAAAAUUUCAUGGAGGGAGUGCUGAGAUACGAGCAGGAAAAGUUCGAAGAAGCACACCAGUGCCUGUCAGCAUACUCAUCAGUGAUGGAGCAGAAGCUGAGAGCAACAUCAGGACAGAAGGCGUCGGAAGGAUACAACUCGCAGCUGUCGCAGCUAAACGCAAUGGUGAAGAUGUGCAGCUUCCACAUGAAGGUUAUCGGGAAGAAGAUCGCGACGACGCAGAAGAGCCAGCACGAGGACAGCAACGCACAGCUGAUCAUGGUGAGGAAGACGGAAGAAAACAACUACGUGGUGCACUGCAGAGGAGUAGAAGUGCCGCUGGAGUCGCAGCUGCUCCCGCAGAAAGUAAUGGACGCACUGGACUCGAUAGAUAAGCUGCACCUGACUGAAGAACUGUUAAGCUCGCUCAGCGGAGCGGAGGACCUGCCAAGGAGGCUGAGCGAAGAAGUGACCUCGAAGUUCACGAAGCAGGAGCUGCUGAACAACUACGACGAAGUGACAUCGCUGUUCAACGGGUGCUCAGAGGACGUGUACUCAGAGUUGAUGUCGAACAUGGAAAACCAAGAGCAAGUGCGAAAGCUGGAAGACUCCCUGCGAAUAAUGAAGUCGUUGCUGGAGGUGGAGAAGCACUUGGUGCUGCUGACGUUGACCCUGAACGAGCUGCUGUGUGAAGUAGGCCACGAGCCGCUGCCGAACUCAAGUGAGGGAAUGAGGUACGCAAACAUACUGAAGCAGCACCUGGCGUCGCUGAUAGAGGACGCAACCUUCGGAACAAACUUCCUGGCGCCAAACGAGGUCGUGAGGACGGUUAACGCACUGCUGCUGAGCGUGCACAGCUUCAGAAACGGAGACCUCAAGGAAGGAAUGGCACUCGCGCACUGGUCUAACAGCAGGUCCACGAUGAACCUGGAAGCGCCGGAGAGGCAGAGGAACAGACUGCUGUGGAGAUGCAUAGUGUCGUUCGGCAACCUCCAGUCCAUGUGCUCACUGGUGUCGAACAGGUACUACCAGCGACUGUUCGCACUGUUCGCGAGAGAACGGGAAAGGGAAAGCGCGGAGGCAAACGAGGACGAGGCGGUGAUGGACAUAUUCAACAUAGAGAAGAAGCUGGUGUUCUGCAGACCACUGCUCUUCGAUCUGGCAUUCAUAUACUACGAGCCGCCAGACCUGCACACGGGAACCAGGUUCAAGGGUAAGUUGGAAGACUCACAAGACGCAUUAGGAGUGAGAAACAUACUCUCGUCGCUCUGGAACUGA